UAUUUGUGUAAGAACAACAGUGUACAUGAAUAUAUGUGUGUUAAAAAAAAAUUGAAUCGUUUAAUUUGAUAAAACGUGAACAUUGAAACAAAGUGUCUUAUUAUGCGACUUUUGUAACGAAGCAUCGGAUUACCUCUCUUUGAAACGUUGCGUUCACCAUGCUUUCACCAUGCCUUCCUUUUAAGAAAGCACGCUGAGCACUAAAGUUUUCUUUUUACGUCAAACUUGCUCAUGAUAUUCGUUUGUAUAGAAAACGGUAGAGUUUCGCUUUCAAAAGUAACAGUACAAUCUAUAAGAAGGGUCUUAUACAUUCAAAAGAGGGGGGAGGGGAAGGUUUAGAAGCGACACAUGCAUAGAAAGCGAAGAACGUAGCGUGGGAAUCAAUACUCUCAACGGCAAACUUCAUGACUAACUUCAGAUUGGUUCUUCCUUGUGACGCCCAACGAUCGUCCAUCGACCAAAGUUCCGAGUUCAGGUCGAUGAUCGAAGAACCGUUAGAUGAAAAAUUUUUUAAACAUUAUUAUUUCUUAUUAUUAAACAUUUAUGUUAUUAAACAUUUGAGUUUUAACGUCCUCAAUUAAGGAAAAAGUUAUCAAUUGUUUAAAAAUUCGUAAAUCUUAAAUACGACAAAAUCGAGUUUUUGAUUGUAACGUUGGUAACAUUUUUAAGAGUUUGAAAUGUUUGCAUUGCGUGUUUCGAUCGACGAACGGGUACACGGUUAAAACGACCUGAUUCCGUGUUCACUUUGUACCCAUGCAUCCGCGUGGGAGUUUAACCAGAAUAGUCGACGAGGUCGAUCGAUAUCUCGAAUUCAGCUUCUCUCUUUUCUAUAUCUCGAGAGACUGUCGUGAUCUCGAGGGUUGUUGGCCUCGUUUCAACCCCUUCGGAUAAUGUUAAUGUACAAAGUAUCGAAAGUUUUAACGCAUCAAAACAACAUGUCUGUGACUACAACUGUUCAGCCAGCUACUGAGAGUCUUUCUCGCCAUGGAAGCAAUAUUUCUUUGUCUUGCCACAGUUCGUGCGGAAGCGUUGACGAUGGCCUCCAAGGAUCUCAUCCUCAGUAUCAGGAUACAAUCCUUACUAUUGAGGAACUUCGUGCUCAAUUGAAUUCUUGUUUCACAUGUGGAGUUUCGUGGAGCGAAGAACACGUUUCUCUCGAUUGUAGUGAAUGUGGUGGUUAUUCUCUUCAACGACCGUGCCCACUUUGUGACGGACGUUGCCGCACCUCGUGGAAACGCGACCUUACCAUGUCCCAUGCCAGUGGUAAAGCAAGAUGGAUUGGUGAAUGUGGACUGAGUUGCGGACCUUCUAUCGAGGAACCAUUGGUACCCGCAUUGGAAAAGCUACGAGCUACUUCGUGAACGGUGUUCAACGACGAAUGCAUAGAAAGACCGUUGUCGUAUACCGUCAACAAUGCACAAGACUUAAUCCAUCACCAUCCAUAUAGCAUCACCCCCACCACCAUUGUGCGAGUUGAAAACGUGUGAAUGUGGAUUCUGGAUGCAUAGAUGAUACAUUAUGUUCCUCAGAAGCAAGAACGGGGACAAAUAACAUCGGACAAUGAAACCGUUCUUUUCCCAUGGCUUCCUGUUUGACGAUGGCAUUACGUUUGAACGAUCCAUUAGUGAAGAAUCUUCUUAUUGUCAGAGCUCUAGCGAACAUCGCUAUUUUCAUCAUUAUAUAUUAAAGCGCCAUCUGGAUUUAAAAAAGCGAAAAAUUACUAUGCGGAAUUUUCGCUAUCGACGAUGCUUCUUGAUAGAUCCAUAAUUAAGAGUAUAAUGCAAUAUGACGUUCGAUAUCUUUGUAUUAUUAUAAAUUUCGAAUCAUAUUUUAUUCGAAAUGUAUAUUAAUUGUUGCGGCAAACUUCGACGCGUAAUUUCAUUAUUUCAACAAUUACACAAUUCUGUAUAAAAUAUCACAAAACAAAUUAGAAAAAUGGUUUUAAAUUUAAAAAAUUUUUAAAAUUGAUUUAAUGAAUUGAUCUAUUGAUUUUUAAUAAAUUAAUAAUUUGGUAAUUAUAUAUUUAAAAAAAGUUGAGAAUUUUAAUUAUGUUUUGUUGAUAUUAAUGGUUGGUUAAUAUUGGUGCAAAUUUUCAAAUUGCGUUUUAUUAUAUAUAUAUAUAUAUUUUACUGUAACGAAGUGUUGCAAUAUUUUGACAAAGAUAGCGAGAAGAUACUUGUACGAAAUAGUAAUAGAUCGUGAAUAAGUUGUUCUAUUCUAAAUCAUCAUCAUAUUCAUAUCAUUGUUUUACGGAUCUGUAAUAAGUAUUCCCAUGUUUAGCUUAUAACAAAAAAAAACAUUUUAGAAUUUUAUUAAUUAAUGCAAUUUGAUCUCGAAGAAAUGCACAACGUUCCAGGUUUAAGUAACAUUUUACGCGAUUAAACAGUAAAAUUUCUUAUAUUAGGGUGAUUUGUAAAAAAUUAAUAUUUUGAAUAUGUCAAAUGACACGAAAAAAAAUAAUCUAAAGAAUGGAAACAAUAUAUUUACUUGGUACUAUUGAAAAAAUUCAUUAAAUCAAAAUUAGAAAUCAAGUUUUUACUGAAAAGUGAAAGACUAAUCUGAUAAUUAAAAAAAAUUUGCAUAUAAUACAUAAAAAUAUCUUUUUUGUAUUAUAUUAAUAGAUUUAUUUUGUUAAUUUAAAUUACUAAAUUAUAAAUGCAGUGAAUUUUUUGUAUAGAAUUAAAAAUUGAUUUCGUAGAUUUUUGUAUAUUAUAUUAAAUAAGAUACAUUUUUAUUUGGUAUUAAGUACCGAGAAUUACAAAAUUAAUUUAAGAAGCAGAACUGUGAGAAAAUAUCGGUCGAAGUAUAAGAAUUAAUAAACUCGAAACUUCUUUUUACAAAUAAAAAAUACGUCGUGUUUCUGAUAAAAAAAAGAAUCACGAUUUUGCAAAAUUGCAAAAUGUAAUUUUAAAUUUAUCAAGUAAAAAGUAGCAAAUCUGAAACUUAUUUUUCACUUACUGUUUUCCACGUAAUAUCACGUUUCUACUCAAUUUUGGCUAAAUAAUAUAUAAUUUACAAGAAAAAUGAUCAAAGAGAAGCAUUUAUGUUGGUGCCAAUAAUUUUAUUGAAUUUUUAUCAUUUCAUAUUAUUUUUUAAAACGUUCAUUAAAAUGUUUGUAAUAUUAGAUUUCACAAAAUGAUUGUAUAAUUUGUGCACAAUUUAUUUUUGAUCAUAUCUGUGUAUUCUUUGAUGGUAUAAUGUUUCGUAUGUGAGAACAUAUUCAUUAAGUCCAUGCUCAUUUUAAAUUAAAUUGUAACUUGUAAACAUUUUCUGAAGUAUUAGCUACGAGUUUUAGUUUAAUGCUUUAGAAAAUAUGUUUGGUAGCAAUUUUUAUUUAAUCCGUAAAAUUCUUAUUUAUGACCAGAACAUAAAAAUUAUUAUUAUUAUGGGUUUAAUAAACGAUAUUCGUCAAGAA